AUGCAGAGAGAUGCAAGCCAAGUCCAAAUCGUGAGAAACACCCAAGAAACCAAUGGGAGAAGGUGGCCAAGGCAUGAAGGCCGAAGUUCCUCAGUUCCUCCUGAUAGCCCAUGGACUGAACAUGAAAUCUGGAUCUUCCUGCAAGAGUGGGAAGUUGUUGAAUCUGAAAUUGGGCAUCCAGGCAGGAAACUGAAGAAGAAGGUACGGUCUCUUUGUGGCCGCCUCUACAAUCGAGGCCUGAGGAAGAGCUGGAACAGCUGCCUUGACCUGAUGCUGAAGAUGAUGGACCUGCAUGAAACCCUUUGUAAUGAGGGUCAACGACCUGAUCCCUUGUAUUCUCCUUAUGCACGGGACCUGUAUAAGAUCUUGGGCCACAGAUCCCUGAGAAGCCAUCGACCAGUUCCUGCCUGUUGCUCCUGGACUGACCUUGAAAUCAGGAUCUUCCUGCAGGAGUGGGAAGUGGUGGAACAGGAAAUCCACCACCCAGGCAAGAAGAUGAAGAAGAAGAACAGUGCUAUCUGCCAGCGCCUCUAUCAGAUGGGCCUGAAGAAGUGCUGGGAAAGCUGUUUGGACCUGAUGUGGACCCUGAAGGACCUGCACACAACUCUCUGUAAUGAGAGACCAGGGAUCGUGCCCCUGUUUUCUCCUUAUGCAGAGGCCCUGUACAGGAUCUUGGGCCCCAGAUGGCAGGACGGCCAUGUCCAAGGUGCUUGGUAUGGUCGGUCUGGUAACACCCUGCCUUCUAUGUGCCCUCAACCUCCAAUGGUGAUGCCCCCUCCAGUAUACCAGCCUUGGGAUCAUGACAUGUCUGCAUCUUCUGGACAGCUCCAUGGGAACCCAUCAAUGAUGGUGUCCAGUCAGUAUUCACUGGAUCCCGGAUCGGAAGCCUGGAAUGCCACCUAUCCAAGGACAGUACCACACAUACUUCCUGCCUUUGUCCCUGGAGACACCAACCUCCAAGUGCCAUGGUCAACUUAUGAAUGA